AUGGGUAUGCUGCCUGCUGCCCAGGGUAGUUUAUGCCUGUCUGGUCCAUAUGAGGACUAGAAUAAUGCGGGGGGUGUGCGAUGAGGAGGUUUGGUGUAAGUUUACUGUGGAUAACCUGCGGCUGGCAGAGAGAGAGGAGGUGGCGAGCCAGGCCUUGAGGCGGCUGAUUGAGCGGGUACUGCAGGAGACGGCUGAGGAUCUCCAGACGCAGUGUGCCGCUGUAGAUCGGACCUUGAACCAGUGCUGCAUGGAACUGAGCCAAGCCAAAACACAGCUGGAGCUGCACCUGGCACAGAUUCUGGAGCAGAUUGGGGCUCAGGAGAGGAAUAUCUCAUCCCUGCAGCAAGCUGUAUAUGAUAAAGAAGCUCCGCUCAGAGUGGCUCAAUCUAGACUGCAUUACCGAACCUUCAGACCCAACAUGGAGCUGUGCCGAGACCAGCCUCAGCUCAGUUUGUUAGGUGAGGCGUCAGAACUCAACAGUACAGUAUCAGCCCUACAGCAGCAGCUGUAUGAAGCACGCAAAUCUUUUUCUGACCUGGAGGAAAGCAGACUGUCCCUGGAGAAAGACAUCUCUUGCAAAACAAACUCCCUCCUCAUCGACCGAGAGAAGUGUAUGACGCACCGCACACGCUACCCUUCUGUCACAGUGCUGUCUGGAUACUGACAGUCUCAUAAUAUGCACUAUUCACCAGAAGGUCUGGAUCCAUUACAGUAACUUCCAGUGGCAUGCAGUGUGUGUGCAUUUUAUCAGUGUUGUUUGA